CAAAACAAGCAUUAGGUAUACAGGCGUCAUCUCAUUGAUUUGGGGAGUAUAAACAGGACAGAAAGAAGGCAUAUUGGUUGUAGUUAACUGUAGCUCCUGAGAAGGUGAAUAACACACUUGUUUAAUUUUUGCAUUUCACAGCAGCAUCAAGUUCGUAUAUAUAUAAAAAAGAAUACUGUUCAAAAUGACUGAAGUUCAAGGUGAAACGCAACAGAAAAGCUCUCCGGUUUACAGAAAUGGCGUGGUUGCUUCGGAGAUGUCUACGGUGGAGGAUGUGUUUGACGAAACGUAUAAGGAAAAAGAAGGUCCAAAACCGCCCAAGCAAAUAGUAUGGAGAAAUGUUGUGUUGAUGAUUUUGUUGCAUUCAGGAGCAGUGUACGGACUUACACUUGUACCUUAUACGUCUGCUUCAACCUUGGCAUGGACUGUUGUAUGCUUUUUGUUCAGUGCAUUGGGAAUAACAGCUGGGGCCCACCGUCUUUGGAGUCACAGGUCCUACAAGGCCAAACUGCCUCUGCGGAUCUUCCUGGCUUUUGCCAAUUCCAUGGCUUUUCAGAAUGACAUCUUCGAGUGGGCUCGGGACCACAGAGUUCAUCACAAGUUCUCAGAGACUGAUGCCGACCCCCAUAAUGCCCUCCGUGGGUUUUUCUUCAGUCAUAUUGGCUGGCUUUUAGUGCGCAAGCACCCGGAUGUGAUUGAGAAGGGGAAGAAAUUGGAACUCGCAGAUCUGAAGGCUGAUAAAGUUGUAAUGUUUCAAAGAAAAUACUACAAGCCCUCUAUUCUGAUCAUGUGCUUCAUGGUUCCCAUGAUGGUGCCCUGGUACCUGUGGGGAGAGUCUCUGUGGGUUGGUUACUUUGUUCCUGGGCUCCUGAGGUACGCUCUGGUUCUCAACGCAACUUGGCUGGUGAAUAGCGCCGCCCACAUGUGGGGGAACAGACCGUACGACACUACCAUCAACCCAAGAGAGAACAGAUUUGUCGCAUUCAGUGCCAUUGGGGAAGGAUUCCACAACUACCACCACACAUUCCCUUUUGAUUAUGCCACGAGUGAGUUUGGCUGUAAACUGAACUUCACCACUUGCUUCAUUAACCUCAUGUGUUUUGUUGGCCUGGCCAAGGACUGCAAGAAAGUGCCACGCGAAGUCAUCCAGGCUCGUGUACAGCGCACAGGGAUCCAGAGGAGUGGCUGAGGAACCUGAAGACUGCGAAACAAAACGGUCACAAUGUUGCUAUUUGGAAGGGUUGCUCUGUUGUGAAAUCGCCGAUGUUCAUCCCUAGUAAAACGAAAAGAAAUCAUUAACUGUUCUGUAAAAUUAAUACUAAGCUUAAACUUUUUUUUUUUUUUUUUUUUUUGGUAAUGCAGCAACAGAACCCAUCUGGUUGGGGGAGAGAACACAUUGUCCAGCAGACUCUAAAGGCAGAUAUUCCUGAAAAUCCAGUCAUAAUUCAGAUUGGAUUUGGAAGGAGAUCUCUCUAAAGAGCUAAGGCAAAUUUAAAUGCAGAACAAAACUUAGUGGCUCUUCGGUGAGGAAUGGGCAACAAACAUGUUUGUCAAGCUACAGCUAAGGAAAUCGGACCGUUAGGAAUAAAUUCACAGUGAAAUACUGUAGCCUGUAGCCUGACCUGAUUUUGACCCUCCAAGAUAAUUAGUUAUAGGAACAGUGUUCAAAAAUUAGGUAAUUUAAAAAAAAUAAUAAAAAUAAUGAUUUCAGUGCUACUGUACUCUUGCACUUACUAUUAAAAGCAUAGUAUUGCAUCUAACUUGGGCCUAUCCUAAGUUAAAAAACAAAACAAACUUGUGUGCUCAAAUAGGCUAUUUUAUCCUUUUUCAUCUGGUACUAUACAAAAAAAAGACUCAACAAGCUACUGGCAGUAGUACAGUACUUUAGAGUAAACAAAUGUUUACAUGAAAAGCUUGAAAAGCAGUAUUAUUUUGUUCAGGACCCUUGAAUAAACAUGCAGUUAAUCCACUGUGUAUGUGGUGUAUUGUGAUUUACAAUACAUGAAAAGGGAUAUUAUUGAAAUGUUAUAUUCUUGAAGUGGUGCUCUUUGUAGUACUUUUUUUUUUAUUUAUAUAUAAAAGGGUCAUAAAUGAAAGAUGAGAUUUGAUAUCCAAUAUUAUGUCAGUGUUGCCUUUCAAUGAGAUACUGCCCAUUGACUGACAAUACUGUACAUGGCCUUCCAGACCAGUGGAUAUCAUUUGCAGGUCUUUGGCGACUCGCUUUGAGAUGGUGGUAAACUCUGUUAUUUAAGCUCUGUUAGUGUGCAAUUAGUAAUGAUGCUUUUGGAAACGACUGGAGGAAAAUGAAAAAUGAAAAAUGAAUCAAGGUUUCCACUCCCAUUGAUUUUUAAUGGGACCUUAUUUAGCCAUACUUGCUUUUAAGUAAACGAAACAGGCUGGGAAUUUAGAGCACCUCUCCAUUCUGUUCCAUUCCGGAGGAUUUCUAAUGAUUUGUUCAAAAUAAAUCAGGAAACUGUGCCAAAUGCCUUACUACUUUAAUCCAUUCCCGGUCCUGCUUUCUUUCAGUGACGUUGCGAGCCAGUUUCCCAUGGAAAUGAAUGGCACAUUACAGAAGCUUAACAUACUGUAGAAGUGGAGGGGGGUAGUGUGUUUGUUAGCUGAAAGGUAAGAGGGGGGGGGGGUUCUUGCUGGAGGCAGGACCUUUUUGUGUUGAACUUAAUCAGACAUGCCAGACUUAGGAGUUGGAUUUUUGGAAAACAAAAUUACUACAGAUGACUCCAAAUAAUACAUGGUUGGCAUUUCUGCAUAAAACUAAAUGCAAAACAGGAUGCUUUAUCAGUGUCUUAAUGAUUGCAGGUAACGGCUGAUGCACAGCUGAGGUCUAACUAUAGCACUUAUUAAACUCCAAAACAACCAGAUCAUUAGAUACAGUUUCCCUCAUGGUUUUCAUGGAUCCAAAAGCAAUUUUCAUAAUUUUGGAAAAAUAUCUGACUAUUAUUAUUAUUGGUAGUAGUCCGUGCUCCAGAUAACCUGCGUACUGGGUGUUUUACACAUUGAAAAAAAUAUACAUUUUAUUAAGUACAGUUUUUGUACAGUAGUUCAAAGUAACAUUACAAUUAAAAUGUAAGGCAGUAGUUAAUGCAUGCUCCAUAAGUUGGCAUUAAAGUACAGUAUUUAUUAAAGGUUCUCAUGACUUCAAAAUACAUUUAACUCGCAGUGUCUAAAUUGGAGAGUACAUUCCUCUGACCCAAAACCUUAUCUGGAGCGCUGUUAGUAGUAGUAUGUUCAAUUUUGUGUACUGUAGCUUUGAAUUUUUAAUUCAGAAAUAUCUGGAAAUAAACAAUAUUAUUUUUUUUUUAAUUACUUACCGUUGCUCAAACUUUUGCAGUGCAAUUAUUUUCCAGUGUUUUCUUUCUAAAUGAAUUAUGAAUGCCUUAAUAACUCACUUGGAGGGCACAUACUUGGGGAAAGUUUAAUGCACUGUACUUAUCGUAAAUAUUUUUGUGAGAUGUGUCUACUGUCAUGUCAUCUCUUUUUUUUUUUUUCCCUUGUUCAGUUUAAUGCCAUGGUAAUACAUUUUUUUUUUCCUUGAUGCAAAUAAAAACAAAUAAAAAAAAAUCUAAUUUCUUCA